GGGCGGGCGAGCGGCCGAGCCGGCUGGCGCGGGGCGCGGCGUCGGCGGCGGCGCAGUCGGCGUGAUGUCCUACCCGGGGCACCCUGGCGCUGGCGGCGGCGGCUUCUACCCAGGCGGAUAUGGAGGGGCUCCUGGAGGGCCUGCGUUUCCCGGACAAACUCAGGAUCCGUUGUACGGUUACUUUGCUGCUGUAGCUGGACAGGAUGGGCAAAUAGAUGCUGAUGAGCUGCAGAGAUGUCUGACACAGUCAGGCAUUGCUGGAGGAUACAAACCUUUUAACCUGGAGACUUGUCGGCUUAUGGUUUCAAUGCUGGAUAGAGACAUGUCUGGCACAAUGGGUUUCAAUGAAUUUAAAGAACUCUGGUCUGUGCUGAAUGGCUGGAGACAGCACUUCAUCAGUUUUGACAGCGACAGAAGUGGAACAGUGGAUCCUCAAGAAUUACAGAAAGCCCUGACAACUAUGGGAUUUAGGUUGAGUCCUCAGGCUGUGAAUUCAAUUGCAAAGAGGUACAGCACCAAUGGAAAGAUCACCUUUGAUGACUACAUUGCCUGCUGUGUCAAACUGAGGGCUCUCACAGACAGCUUUCGAAGACGCGAUACUGGUCAACAAGGUGUUGUGAACUUCCCGUAUGAUGACUUCAUUCAGUGUGUCAUGAGUGUUUAAAUCAAGAGGAAGCUGCAUGCACAUAACUGACAUUCCUCCUUGGGUUCUCCUUUGCUCCUACUCUGCCUUCAGUAAUGUGUGUAAACUUACAUGGGUACUUACCCUUAACGGCUUGUUGUAAAGGUUAUUACUUUAUGUACAGCUGAAGUUUUGUGUUAAGUUGGAAUUCUAAUAAUAUACAGUCUGGACUGUUAGACCAUUUAGCACUUACACAAGCCAUUGUCAGUCAUGCCUUAUUUUCUUGCUAACCCACUGUUAUGCAAAAUUAAGUAUGCAGAUGAUUAAAGUACAUUGUAUAUUUUUCAUUGUGAGAUACUACAGACUUAGAUGACAGCUGUUGUCUUCUCCCAGAGCGGCUUUUACAUGGUAUUUAAAGUUUUAAUGUAUGGAGUAUUCCUAUGUACAUGAUUUAGACUCCCUUGGGUGUAAAAAGAACAUCUAUGUAUGUGUUCACUUUAGUGGAAACAGUACAAGUUUUAAGGCUUACAGGUAUUCUGACAGCUGUAUGAAUAGACAGGGAACUUGAGUGAUUAUUUUCUGCCUCUUUAAAGCCUGUGGAAACCCUGGCGCACAGUGGUUAAGUGCUAUGGCUGCCAACCAAAAGGUCAGCAGUUCGAAUCCGCCAGGCGCUCCUUGGAAACUCUAUGGGGCAGUUCUACUCUGUCCUCUAGGGUCUCUAUGAGUCGGAAUCGAGUCGACGGCAGUGGAUUUGGUUUGGUUUUGGUUUUAAAGCCUGUUGAAUAAUUGGAGUGGUAAAUACUGACACCAAGUCCCUCUUUGUCAUUUUCCAUAUAGACCUUUGUUAAAUAUACUUAAAAAAUCUCUGUACAAUAUGAGCAUACCUAUGUGGAAAAAAAAUGGGUAGAAAAAGAUUAAGGGAAUAUGUGAAAAUAUUAACUGAUAAUUUUUGGCUAAUGGAAUUCUAGGUGACUUUAAUUUCCUUUAUACAUUUCAGUAUUUUCCAAGUUCUCUAUAACAUAAUGUAUAUUUCCUUCUAAAAUGAGAAGAUGUUAAUUUUUAAAAUAUUAAUACAUCCAUUUUAUAUAUGCCAUUUGCUCAUACUUACAUUAAAAAAAUAUAUACUGCAAAAGGACUGGAAAGAGUGUACCAAAAUUUUGAUGUGGUUACCACUGGGGGUCAGGAUGAGUUCUUUUCUUCCUUCCUACAACUUUUCCAAAUAAGCAGGUGUUACUUUUAUAAUAUAAUUUUUUUUUUUUUUAAACCAUGAGCUUUGUAGUAAGAUCUGGAAUUUAAUCCAGGUUGUACCUCCCAUUUUAGGUAAUCUCAGAGCCUCAGAUUCCUCAUCUGUGAAAAGAGGAUAAUACCUCACGAGGUAGUUUCAAAUAUUAAAACUGUGUUGGCAUAAUGAG